GUAAAAAAGGAAAAUAAAAUAAACAAGUAUAUAUUCAACAUUUUACCAAGGCGCCAAUCAUCAUUUCCGGGUUUAGGGUUUUACGAACCCACCAUUUCGCACAGUAUUUCAACCAAGGAGCAAAACAUCUCUUCUCCACAACCACAUGGCAUUUUGGGGAGUUGAAAUCAAACCUGGAAAGCCUUUCACUCACCAACACGAUGCUUCCCGAGGACGCCUCCAUAUUUCAAUAGCCACUUUGGGGCUUGGCACUGCAAUUACGAAAAGCACACUGCAAUGUAAUGUGGGAAAUAAAAGCCCUGUUUUUCUUUGUGUUCUUUAUCCUGGAAAAAGUGAGUCGUUGCAGUUGAAUUUGGAGUUUGAAGAAUAUGGUAAUGUUGUUCUCUCCGUCAUUGGCCCUCGGAGUAUUCAUCUCUGCGGGUAUUAUCUUGCCCGUGGACACUAUACCAAUACUAUGGGUGAAUCGGAAUCAUAUGGAGAAGAUAUAGCUGAUACAGAAACGGAGAGAUCUGAUCACAGUGACGAAGACGACUACGAUGAUAGUUUUAUUGAUGACGAUGAUACAGUUUUCCCACCAUCUCCUAUUUUCAAUGAAGAGGAAGCUUCUUCUGAUAGCGGUCGAAAAGUUACAAAAGGAAGCCGAAGAAGGCUGAGGAAGAAGUACCAGUUGGUAGAGUCAGAUGACAAUGGCGGUUGUGAAGAAAAGAAAACUAUUGGUGACAACAUGCAUGUUGAAUCGCAGAAAAUUGAUGACCAAGAUAGUCUACCAAUUUCAUCUAUUUGCAAGAAUAAAGCCUCUGGAAGGGUCUUGGAUCAGGAAAUGGAUGAUAAUGUUGAUAAAGAAACAGUUGGUGCUGGCAACAAAGAUGGUGAAGACCGAGAGGAUAAUACUAUUGGUGAGUCAGAUGACAAUGGCGGUUGUGAAGAAAAGAAAACUAUUGGUGACAACAUGCAUGUUGAAUCGCAGAAAAUUGAUGACCAAGAUAGUCUACCAAUUUCAUCUAUUUGCAAGAAUAAAGCCUCUGGAAGGGUCUUGGAUCAGGAAAUGGAUGAUAAUGUUGAUAAAGAAACAGUUGGUGCUGGCAACAAAGAUGGUGAAGACCGAGAGGAUAAUACUAUUGAAACAACGUUGAAAACUGACAAUGUUGUCGUGGACAGUCAGACUCAUAGCAGGGAAGCUGAACCUUCAGAUCAAUUGGUAGAACCCUGCUCUGUUUUGGAUGUUGGGGAUAUUAAAAAGUCAAUUAAGAAAAAGAAGGAAAAGGAAAAAGAAACAAAGAGUUCUUGUCAUGACCAUUCCACCGAACUAGAUAAUGCUGUGCAAGAUGAGCCAAAAAUGAACACAUCUCAGAAUCUUCUGGCAGGAAAUGAACAGAACCAGCAGCAAGCCGAUGAUAACAGGAAAGCUGAACCUUCAGAUCAAUUGGUUGAUCCAUGCCCUGUUCUGGAGGUUGGGGAUAUUAAAAAGUCAAAAAAGAAAAAGAAGGAAAAGGAAACAAAGAGUUCUGCUAAUGGCCAUUCCGCCGAAAUAGGCAACGCCGUGCAGGAUGAGCCAAAAAUGAACACGACUCAGGAUCUUCUGGAAGGAAAUGAACAGAAUCAGCAUCAAGCUGAUGAUAAGAAAGUUGAAACCACGGAUAAAAUACUACCUUCCUCACAGGUUGGUCAGGGACAGGAUGAAAAACCAAAGAGAAAAAGGAAGGAACGGUCCAAGGAAGAGACACUUGCUUGUAUUAGCAAUGUUACUAAUCUGCCUCAGGCUCAGGGAAAUGAACACAAUAGUCAGGACACAGUUAAUGGGGAUGUUAAGAUUUCAGACACUGUUGCACUGCCUUCCACUGAAACAGAUUCUCAAAAGAAAACAAAGAAGAGAAAGAAAGAACAUUUAAACAAAGCUUCACAACAGCCUGAAGGUGACAAUGGAAAUGGUGAAGCCAACAAAGAGACAGUAGAGUCUGAUAGUCUGAUUGAUAAAUUUUCUGAAAGGAAAGAGCAACAUCCAAAGCUUACAAUUGAAAACAAUAUGGACAACAAUGGAAAUCAAUCUGAAGACAAGAAAGUUAAGAAAAAGAAGAAAAGUAAAAACAAAGGCAAUGAAGUUGUAAAUUCUGAUGUGCCUUUAUCCAUUGAGCCAAGUACUGUGAUGACGAAAGAGGAUGGAAAUAAUACGGAGGAUGCCAAGUCUUCCCAAGUCAGAACAUUGUCAGAUGGACUAGUUAUUCAAGAGCUAGAGACCGGGAAAGCAAAUGGGAAAAUUGCUGCAUUAGGGAAAAAGAUCAGCAUCAAUUACACUGGCAAGUUGAAGGAAAAUGGAGUGGUGGUUGAGUCAAAUGCUGGUGAAGCUCCUUUCAAAUUUCGCCUUGGUAAAGGAGAAGUUAUUAAGGGUUGGGAUAUUGGCCUUGAAGGUAUGCAAGUUGGAGAAAAGAGAAGACUUGUGAUACCACCGUCAAUGACGUCUAAGAAUGAUGGAGACAGUGGCAGUAUACCACCAAAUUCAUGGUUGGUUUAUGACUUCGAACUGGUUAAAGUUCAUUGAUUAUUUCAUCCAACGGAUCGUGGCUGGUCAUUUUUUGAGUGAAAAUGAGAAAUAUGAAGUCAGGAGGCAGUUUAGCUGGGCAAUCAAGAACCAGAUUCAACUGUAUGAUAACAGUUUUUUGUUGAGUCUAUGGUAAUUUUGCCCCGGGUAUAGGGAACAGUUGGUUUACACCUGCAACCAAGUCCAAAGUUUUGCUUCUUUCAGUUACUAUUUACAUAGCAAAAACCAUUUGAGUCGAGGGUGAAAGUAAUCAUGGUAUUUAGAUAUAAAAGUUUGGUUGCAUUCCUUUUUGUGCUAAAACCGAAAUUAAUUAUUUUA